AGUUCCUGUGAAGCGGCGCGCUGAUACGGUGGCGGGCGGAAGUGACGUCACGUGUUGUGGAUUGAGAGGGAGUUUGUAUCGUGUUAGUCUCCUCACAGACUAAAAUAAACCACACAAAUCGGUUUUCGUGCGCUGGAUUUUGUGUUUUCAGGUUUUAUGAGACCGGAGGCGAGUGUGUAAUUCGAGGAACAUGCCUGAAAUCAAGCUCAAGCAUGUUGUGUCGUGCAGCAGUGAGGAUAAUACUCACAAGGCAGACAACCUCCUGAGCUCCGACACGUACAGAAAAUGGAAAGCUGCGAGAGCUGGAGAGAAGCAAGUUUCAGUCAUUCUUCAGCUGGAAAAGGAAGAGCAAAUUCACAGCAUAGACAUUGGAAAUGAAGGCUCUGCUUUCAUUGAGGUCCUUGUCGGACACUCCACGUCAGUCAAAGACCAAGACUUUGAGGUUCUGCUGGUCACGUCGUCCUUCAUGUCGCCCACAGAGAGUCGUAACGGCACAAACACAAACCGCGUGCGUUUCUUCGGGCCCAGCCAGCUGGUGAAGGCCACGGCGCAGGAGAAAUGGGACCGUGUGAAAAUCGUGUGCAGUCAGCCUUACAGCAAGUCCAUAGCGUAUGGAGUCGCCUUCAUAAAACUGCACUCUCCUCCGGACGCGAACGACGCUCCCGUCUCGACUCCACCGAAGCUCACUAAACUGGGUCAGUUCAGAGUCAAAGACGAAUCCCCGUCCUCUGGCGCAAAUAUCCAGCCGGGAAGCCUGUUUUUUAGCAGAGACGGUGCUGCUAAAGCCAGCACAGGAAUCAAGGUGUCGCCUCAGAAUGACAAACUGAGUUACGCCGCUGCAGCUCUGAAGUCUGAAGGUUCGUCCACACAGACGUCAUCCGGCAGCUCGCAACAGGCUCCUGUGAAGAGGAAGUUUGAGUUCAGUAAAGAGCGUAUGGAAGCAGCCGGUCCGCCAGCCAAAAAACCCAGUUCAUCUGGGUCUUCUGAACCAAACUCUGCCACACCGAAACCUAAACCAAGAACCGGAGCAACUGCAAGUCCUGUCAGCAGUGUUUCUCCAGCACAGAAGACGUCAGACAAGCGAGAGAGUCCUAAAUCCAAACCGGAGCCCAAACCAAAACCUAAACCCAAACCAAAAGCCAAGUCUGCAGAACCGGUGCCUUUUAACCGCAUCAUGGAGGGAGUGGUGUUUGUCCUGAGCGGCUUCCAGAACCCCUUCCGCGGAGAGCUGCGGGACAAAGCGCUGGCCAUGGGAGCCCGAUACCGGCCCGACUGGACGCCAGACUCCACACACCUAAUCUGUGCUUUCGCCAACACGCCCAAAUACAGUCAGGUGAAAGCAGCCGGAGGCAUCAUCGUCAGGAGGGAGUGGGUGAUGGACUGCCAUAAAACAAAGCAGAAGAUUUCCUUCAAAAGGUAUCUCAUGGAUGGAGCCGAAUCCAGUUCAGAGAGUGAAGCAGAACAGGAUGAGAGUGAGGAGGAAACGCCAAAAGCGAAAACACCAGAAAAGAGGCAGACGACCCCAAAAAAGCAGCCAAUUAAGGAGGAGGAGGAAGAGUAUGGAGGUUCAACAGAUGCUGAAGAUCCAGAGGACGACGCGUCUGGCAUGGACACUGAAGAUGAAUUGAACAGAGUUGAGAUGGAGCGCAGGAAGAAGAAAGCAGUUAAGGAAAGCACAGCUAAGGUGAAAGAUGAAGAUCCAUACGGCGGCUCUACUGACGAGAACACGGAUGCUGAGGAAGAGGAGGAUAAACCUAUUCCCGAACUGCCAGACUUCCUAAAAGGAAAACGCUUCUACCUCUACGGCAAGUUCCCUGACAACCAGAAAAGGCAGCUUCAACGCUACAUCAUCGCCUUCAACGGAGCUGUCGAAGACUACAUGAGCGAGAAGGUCCAGUUUGUCAUCACCAGUGAAGGAUGGGACGAAUCGUUUGAGGAUGCCUUGAUGGAAAAUGGCAGUCUGAGCUUUGUGAAACCAACCUGGAUUUUCGCCAUCAAUGACAGGCAGAAGAUGUUACCGUACCAGCCCUACACCGUCGUCCCUUAAGAGCGAGUUUAAGGCGUCUUUCUCUUUGAGAACAGCCAUAAAUCCCAGCCUUGGCCUGAACAGGCCAUCUUAGAGUUAUAGUUUGAUCCGUCGGCCAUCGUUUAUUAGCCCUCAAACCUGUAUGACUUUUUCUUUCUUUGUUUUGCCAUCGUUUGUGAUCCACAGAAGAGCAUCAUACAGGUUUGGAGGGAUGUGUAAAUGAGUAACUGAUGAAUUUUCAUUCUUGCGGUUGAACUGUAUUGGCCUGUAUCUGUCACAGGUCUUUGUUUUGAUGUUGAAAAAUGGACUAAUGGCAGAUCCCAACCCACCAACCCAGAGAUAAAAGACUCUGAUCCAUAUUCAUGAUCUGUUUUACCAGCAAUCCAAAAGCUGUUUACGAAGCUGUUGAAUAUUAAUUUCUAAAGACCUGGACCUGAGGUCCCUUUUGGAUCUGACUUAUGCAGAACCUGCUCAUUUAAUAUGUAUGUUUACAUAUAUGGUCAAUUAUUAAUUAGCUGAUCCAUAUUUACAUUGGUUGCUUUCAUUGCUUUGCUCGUAACAAGUGGUUUAACAUCUAUAGGUGAGGCCUAUAGAAUAUUACAGCAGUAUUGCUUUGGUUUUAAGCUUUUUGAUUGUUCAUAUUUAAGAAAAAAAAGCACCUGAAAUAAAUACUGCUGUAAAAACUGAUUCGUAGGUAUGAUCACCUCUUUAUGAUAGGUGAACUCUCCUUUGUGAUAUUUACUGUUUGUAUUUCAGAUUCCCUUUAAUGUGUGUCGCAAUGUUGAUGUCUUUUGUUUGUUUUGUUUUUAAAUGAAAUUAAUAUUUUGAAGUUCUGGUUUGAUGUAGUUGCAGAAUAAAGCUGGAAGAUGGUUACACAAAAAUUUAUUUUGCAGAACACCAAUGCCGUCCAUCUGUCUUGCUUUUCGGAAAGGUAUUUUAGCAUUUUUCUAACACAACCCAGUGCUGGGUAAAAUAUGGACAAACCCAAAGCUUGUGUUGUUUUGACCCAGUAAUUGGGUUGUUUGUUGCUAGCCAGAAGGUUGGGUUAAAUAUGUAAUCCAACCGCUGGAUCAGAGCAGCCCAGUUGCUGGGUUUGUCCCUAUUUUACCCAGCGCUGGAUUGUUUUUAACCCAGCUUUUUUUAGUGUGACUAAUCUAAUAAUUCAAAAGCCUCACACCUGAUUUGCAGGUGGAAAUAAAUUGUUAGCUGCUAAUAUUAUCUGAUUUAAGCAGUUGACCAGUGUCCAAAACCAAUUAUCUAACCAUUUUAACUAGUUUAGUGUCUGUCCCAGCAAAACUCUAAUUAGGCUGUUUUAUAUUUCAGCAGGGAUUCAUCAAAGAGAAUUCUGAAUUUGCACAGAAUAUACUGUCCUUGAUUCCUUUGAGUCAUUUUCUCUUCCUCAAACUAAUCUUAACUUUUUUUUAGCUAGAUGUGUCUCUAAUUUCUAUCCCUCGUUAAAGAAAUCUGUCUGUCUUUCACUUGUCUGUCUCAACGUCACGGCCAACUGGCAGAAUCGCUUUUUGUCUUUGUUUUAGCAAAUUCGCAGUGGAUUGGCAUUGUUUUUGUCCUCUCACUUAAACCGUUUUCUUGUCCUUCACUCAAGUGUUCAUCUUCCUGAAUGUAUAAGUCUAUUUUUUCUCUGAAUUACAUAAACUCACCUGUAUCAGCACAUGCUUCAGCCUCUUUCACCCAUUUGUUCUCUGAUACCUGGAAAAAACAUCUCUUU